CGGCGGGAGCCCUUCCCGCCUCCCCGCAGGGCGGAGGCGGUCGGGGGGACCCUGCGCUCGGCCCGGCUGUGGCUCCGGUGCCCCGGCGGGAGGAGGUUCCCCCUGCCCGGAGCAGGAGUGCGGGAUUGCUCCGCUGGAGCCGUGCUCGGGGCGAGCCCGGACUGCCGCGCUGAUGUUUCGCACUUGAGGUAAUGGCAGAAGCCGGUCUGUGGGGCACGGCCGGAGGUCCGGAGCGCCACGGUGUGCCGUGAUCUGCGGCGCGAUGGGGAACAGCGGCUCGGCCGUGAAGGUCUGCACGGAUCACCAAGGCGGCAUCAACUGGCUGAGCCUGAGCCCCGACGGGCAGCGGCUGCUCACGGGCAGCGAGGACGGCACGGCGCGGCUCUGGAGCACGGCCGACAGCCAGUGCCACGGCCACUUCCAAGGACAUGAAAGCUACAUCACCUUCUGCCACUUGGAGAACGAGGCUGCCUUCACGUGCAGCGCUGACCACACCAUCCGCAAGUGGGACGUGGUCACCGGGCAGUGCUUGGCCAUUUACCGAGGCCACACUUCCAUUGUCAACAGAAUCCUGGUUGCUAAGGACUAUCUCUUCAGUGGCUCCUAUGACAGGACAGCCCGCUGCUGGAGCGUGGACAAGGAGAAACAAAUCCAGGAAUUCCGGGGCCACCGGAACUGUGUGCUGACCCUAGCUCACUAUUCCUCCAGGGAUGUGCUGGAAGAAGAGGAGGAGGAAGAGGAGGAGGAGGAGAAAGUGAGCAGGGACCUGCUGGUGACAGGGAGCACGGACUGCACUGUGAAGGUCUGGUGGGUGUCCAGCGGGCGCUGCUACCAGACCCUGCUGGGACACACUGGGGCUGUCUUAUGCCUUAUACUUGACGCACCAAACAGGGAGCUGUUCUCUGGCAGCACGGAUUACACCAUCAGGACCUGGAACAUUGUCACUGGAGAGCAGCUGAAAGUCUUCAAAGAGCACCAAGGAUCAGUCAUUUGCCUAGAGCUGGUGAACCGUCACCUGUACUCGGGGAGCGCGGACAGGACGGUGAAGUGCUGGUUUGUGGACACUGGGGAGCGGAUCCAGACCUACAAGGCUCACAAGCACAGCGUUAGCACUUUGAAAUACCACGCUGGCAUCUUGUUCACAGGAAGUGGAGAUGCCUGUGCAAGAGCUUUCAAUUCCAGGAGUGGAGUCCUGCAGAAGAUCUUCCGAGGCCACAAGUUCAUCAUCAACUGUAUCCAGAUCCACAACGAGCUGCUGUACACAGCUUCCCACGACGGCACCCUGCGGGUCUGGGACAUCCGCGGGAUUUGCAAGAGGAACAAGCGGCGCCUGAAGAAGGAAAGGUCUGUGCAGGGCAGGAGCUCCCAGAAGGGGAGUCUGGCUCGUCUCUUCAACAACAAAGUUGGCUGUAUGAUACAGCAGGAGAAUGGGGAACACGAGGCUGUUGAACUGAUGUGACUGUCCUGAGCAGGCUUUAUGUCAGUGACCAGAGCUGAACCUUUGAUUUUCUGCACCACUGUGUCCAUGUAAACCAGAACUUGGAAAGAGAUGGGAAGUGGCUUUGCCUGAACCUCUGUGUGAGGAGCCAGGAUUCUCUGUGGCUGCCAGAUGGACUCAGGUCAGAUCCUGUGGCUGUGAUGGCUCAGCUGAGCAGCUCUGGGGUCAGCAGGGGAGGCAGUGUGGUUCAGGUGAGGUAGCAAUGAGUGCAGUUAGGAACUUUCCUUACCACUGCUGGCAUCAGUUCCCUGGGCACAGAGGUGUUUCACCUCUGGCUGCCCAGUGUCUCAUGAGAUGUUUUCCCAUUCCUGUUGCCCCAUGACCCCUGUCCAGCCCAGUGUGGCAGUGAAAGGUGUCCUGCAGUGAAAAGUGGCCUUGAAUUCCAUCUCCACAGCUGACUUUGGGUCAGUCCUUGGCUGACAAGGCCAAUGCAGGAGGGUUUGGCUCUGCAGCAGGACUUUGAAGCAGAUUGGACUUUACUUUGGAAAGCUGGGUGUAGUAGAACAGAAAUUAAUUUAAUUGGUUUUUUAACAAAACAUAAGCCACAGAGCAAGCUAAACCUCAGCCCUUUUGUGCCAAGGUCACCUGUUUGCUGACCUUGUGUUGUCUUUCCUCCUCCCAAAGCUGUGUCUUGCUAGGUUGCCAGUAGCAUUGGAUAAGCAGUCAAACUCAAGAGUUUUCCCAGUCUUUUUCCAGGUUCAUCCUUCUCUGAUAACCACUGAGCCAUGAAUUAACAAGGGUUCUUAUAUUUUUCUAUUUGCAGAUAUAACUCUUUGUAGAACCAGUACAAAAAUAUCUAACCACAUGUUUUUAUUUUUAUGGCUUUAUUUAUUCUGUACUACAGCAAGAUAAAAAUGCUGUAAUCCUUUUUUAGAGUGGAUUAAUAAACAUGUGGCAUCUCCAGAC